CUCGACACACGCCGGAGAUGAUGCUCCUGCGGUCGACACGUUACCUUCAGGGGCUGCAAUGCUCGAGACCGCUCCCGAUCUUGGUGGACACGGCGCGCCAGCGAUUUCGUGGCCAUACGACGUCUACUAGAAGCGUCGACAGCAAGGGUGGCGAUCCGAAUUCCCUGCAAUGUGAAGAGGCAAUGAAAAUUACGCGCCUUGGCAUGUACGCGAACGUGGCGAUGGCAGCAUGCAAGGGUACUGUCGGAUGCGCGAUCAACUCGUCUGCUCUCGUCGCCGACGCGGUGCAUUCCCUUUCGGACCUCCUCUCGGACGUUGUAACGCUGUGGGCUGUCCGAAUUUCACGACUUCCACCGGACGACGAGCACCCAUACGGCUACGGCAAGUUCGAAGCCGUGGGGUCGCUUACGGUGGGAGCAAUUCUCACGGCGGCUGGAGUUGGAAUGGGUUACGACGCGCUGCACCUCCUCCAGACGGGGCUCCUCGAUGCAGCCGUCACCGUUCCUUCGUCCCUCGACUUUUCCUUUCUCACGACUCUGGACCGAACGACGCAAUGGAGCAUCGCCGCUGGGGCGGCCGUCGCGUCCAUUGGGGCCAAGGAGGCACUGUAUCAUGCCACUGUCCGCGUUGGGAACCAAACGAACAGCAAGGUAUUGAUUGCGAAUGCGUGGCAUCACCGCACAGAUGCGAUCUCGUCCGUUGUCGCCCUUGGUGGGAUCCUCGGUAGCAUGGCGAACGUUCCGCUAUUCGACCCGAUUGCAGGAGCGAUCGUGUCGGGCAUGAUUGCCAAGACCGGCGUCGAUAUCUGCUUGGACAGUGUGCGAGAACUAACAGACAAAAGCGUGGAAAACGAGGUGCUCGACCUGCUGCGUCAUUCGUCGAGCAGUGUCGAAGAUGUGGUGUCCGUCAGCAACGUGCGUGCCCGGCGCAUGGGGCCGUAUACGUUGGUGGACCUCCGUGUCAACGUUCAUGGACGGACGAGUGUUUCCGCAGCGCAGCAAGUGGCUGCCCGCGUGAAGGCUGAGGUGCUGAAGCGAGUGCCCGAUGUGUCCGAAGUCCUCGUGCACAUCGACGUGGCCAACGAAUACGGCGACGUUGACCCGCACGGCAACAAGGCGGCCGACGCACCAGCAGCACAGAUGCGGCCUUUUCGGGAAAUCAAGCAAGACGUGCUGCACGCUGUCAAGGCGAUUCCCGAGAUUCUAAGCAUCACCCAUGUGAAUGUCCACUGGGUUGUUCGCCGCGACAACUCGUGUGAACUCGGCCAGACUUAUGGGACAGAUUUGGAUGUGACGAUUGUCGUACAUCCAGACAUGGCCGUGCGGGAGGUCCACAGCAUUGCUCGACGCGCGCGACGCGAAAUCGAACGGCUGUCGUAUGUGGUGACGGCCGAUAUUCACCUGGAACUGUACGACGAAGACGUAAUGGUGCUAGAGGAGCGACAGACGAGUCGCUCCAUCGACGGGGCGAGACCUCUUCCAUGAACAAGAUCAUCGUGAGUUGAAUGCAUU